UUCCGCACCUGGCCCAUUGUCACCUCAAGCGCUAAUUCAAAGAGUCAGCCCACUAGUUCGGGAAUAUGCGUUACUUAAAUUGAAUCGUUUCCAAGAGCCUAUACUAAUAGGUAAUCCGGGGAGGUUACUCUUCCUCACGGAAAUGGUUAAUGUGACCUAUACUAUUUCCCUUGAGUAUAGAAACCACCCUAACAUAGUGCUUCGGGCAGGUAAUGUACACGGGGUCUGCCUAGGGGAUAUCUAUGCGAUUUAUCCUUGGGGGAACGAGGAUUAUAGCACUUAUAAUCCUCUACCGACAGCGAAAGUUCGCGUAACUGAUGUUCGCGCGAUGGACUCGGAUGUCAUAUUUGAAUCUGGGGAGAACGAAAUCGAAGAUAUCUCCGGCUGUCGAGCUGUCCUCGUCAAAAGAGAUAUUCCAUGCCCCCGCGUGUAUAUAAAGCUCCUACCGCAAACUCCGGAACACCUCGGUAACAUGGUAAUGGAACGAUCGAAAAGCGUCGAUGGGCUAGCCUUCCUUAAUACUGAUACGAGCGCUCCUAAGGGAGGAACCCUAUUGUAUAUCGCCACGAACGGUGAAACCCAGUAUAGGCUACUCGAUUCGACACAAUCUGAGAUCCCUAUGGUGCCCCUAUAUGACGCACUCCAAUCAUCGCUUAUAGCUGCGGCGCACUUGGGUAGAUAUAAUUUCUACCUAGGUUUGAAAAACGCCGUAGCACCUCGAUAUCCAUUUGAAUUUGGUCGAUAUUCUAGAGAAACUCGCCAGAUUUCCAAUGAGAGCAUCGAAGUUCCCUAUGGAACUCAGAUAACAUUAGGAUUCAAGAACGAAAGUGUGGUUCCACUCUUUCUCUCUGUCCUAUACUUCGACUCAAUAUGGGGUAUUAGCAAGAUUUUCCCAAAGAACAAAGAUUUUGAGGAAGUCGACUGGAAAAUGUAUUGCGACUUUGAUAUCGUUGUUGGUUUUCCGAAUGAGUGUUCUAAUCCAAAUGUGGUUGAGACACUUAAAGCAUUUGUCACUACCAGGCCAUUCUCCGUUCAAUCAUUAGUAACUGAUAAUAUUGAUGAGCAACUACAGAUGGAUAGAGCUCCAAGUCAAAUCGCCAAUAAGUCCGAAGCGAUGCUGCCGGAUACCUUAGCUAGGUUUGACACCCCUUUGAGUCACUCUUCAAGAACGACCGAUUUAGGGAGGGACACACGCCCUGCAAGACUGGUCAACCAAGUUAGCACCGAGGAUUCGUGGCAAACUAAAAACAUCCCAUUGAACAUUAUAGGCCCAUCGAAGAUAUCAGGAAAUGAGUAGUGAAGAUAUUAUCCAUGGCGGUUUCAUAUGUACCCAAAGUAUCAAGAAUAGUCAUUCUUUCUCCAUCUAUCCCAGUUCAAAGUUACCGAGACCGUGGAAAUGAGCACCUCGAAUUGUCAUCUCUAAACUUUAUCAUGUAUUAUACAAUAUCCUGUGCCAAUUUUACUCGUAAGCUCCCUCUAUAUGACGGAACAUGCCCGUAAUUAGGCAAUUUCCAUAAAAUCUACUUGCACUUUAUCUGUAGAUAAUAACGCUCCAAUAGGUGGGAAGGCCCGCUGGCGUUGGCUUUAAGUGAUCUUCUUAGUUGAUGAGUCUCGUGAAUUUGUAGGAUUUGAUCACUAUGGCGAGGAGAACGGAAAUCAGCCCAUUAACAAAAGAUUACCCGAGUUGCGGAUUAGAGCAUUUC